AUGGUCAAAGUGGCAAUUGCGGGUGGCUCCAGCAAUGUUGCAGGAGAGAUCGUAGAGGCACUUGCUAGUACUCAGAAACAUGAUAUUCUAAUUCUGUCCAGAAAGAGUGCUCCGGUCCGCGAGGUUACACCGGGCAUAGAAUGGGCCAAAGUAGAUUACAACAACCCAAAGCAAUUGGAGCAGGUCCUACAAGGAGUGCAUACUCUGCUGUCAUUCGUCGUUAUACAGGAUGACCCAACGAGCGCGGUCCAGAAAAACCUCAUUGAUGCCGCAGUGCGAGCCGGCGUGAAGCGCUUUGCACCCAGCGAAUGGGCCACAUCCGGUUUGGAAAAUAUGCGCUGGUAUGCUUACAAGGGAGAAACCCGGAGAUACCUCGCAGAGCUGAACUCGGAUACGACGGUUCUUGAGUACACGCUGUUUCAGCCAGGCUUAAUUAUGAACUACCUUACCUACCCCUACAAGUCUGCAGCUCACCUGCAUCAAACGGAACUGCCAUUCGAUUUUAAUAACCGCCGAGCUAUUGUGCCGGAUAACUACGACCAAAUCUAUAUCACACUCACGACGAUACAGGAUCUUGCAAACGUGGUUGUUAAAGCCAUCGAUUUUAAAGGCAAGUGGCCGGUUGUUGGUGGUGUUAAAGGCACCGAUAUAUCCCUCAAGCAACUCAUUUCCAUUGGGGAAAAGGUCCGAGGUGGCACGCCUUUUAAGAUUGAGAAGGUGGACGCACAGCACUUUGAAACCGGGGCAUGGACAGCCUCAUGGACGCCGAGAUUUGAUCACCCUGCGAUACCGUCUGAGCUAGUCACAGAUGCUCUCUCAAAAAUGGUGGUUUCAGGUAUCUUGUCGGGUAUCUCUGCUGGUUGUUUCAAGGUCUCGGAGGAAUGGAAUCAGUUACUGCAUGACUACGAGUUUACUCAGGCUGAGGGCUUUUUGAGCGAGGCUUGGGCUGGUAAACCUUAG